CUCCGUUGCCAAACACGUCCCUUCCUCCACAUCCUCGCUUCAGUUACCUCCAAGGUUCGAACCCUAGACCACCCGUCACUCGUCCCUCCACCACCACUACCACCGCCGGAAAAUCAAAAUUUUAAUCCGUUCACAUGAAUGGACUCCAUAGUGUUCGCAGCUCUCGAAGAGAUCUGCUCCCAAGGCGCGAAUGGCCUCGCUCUCCAGUCUCUGUGGCCGAAUCUCCACGCCGCUCUCUCCUCCGCCGGACUCGACCUCUCGUCCGGCGUCAAGGCAGCAAUUUGGGCUAACCUCUUGAAAACUCCGGGCCUUGAGUUCCAGUCGCGGAAUGUCUCUCAUAAUGCCGAUGAUCCUGCAAUUCAGUGGGUUGAGCAAUGCGAGAAGCUGAAUUUGAAGAUUGUUGCGGCUGAGCAUCUUCGCGACUCGUUCGUUGGCCUCUAUGAUGCGAAGGCAUCCGCCGUCACCGGCAUAUCGGCGGUGCAGCGCCGCGUGCUUGAGCGACUCGCCAUUGCCAGAACAAAUGGAAUAACCCAAAGUCAACUAUGUAAGGAGUUCGGCAUAAAAGCGAACAACAUGUUUUAUGUACUAAGGAACCUUGAAUGCCGAGGGUUGAUUGUGAGGCAAUCAUCUAUUGUGAGGACAAAAGAAGCUUGCAGUAAAGGGGAGUCCAAAAAUAGUUCGAUUGUGAGUACCAAUUUGAUCCACUUAUAUCGGUAUGGCAAGCAUUUGGGCUCUCAACAAAAACUUGAAAUUACCAAAGAAGAUAAACUUUUGGACUGCCUUGGGAAUGGGGAUGAAAGGGGUGCAGCUGGAGAUGGUGGAACAAGAGGAUGUGGAGAAGAGAUGCUCAUAAAAGAUUAUCUACCAGCAAUGAAAGCCAUUUGUGAUAAACUUGAAGAAGCCAAUGGCAAGGUUCUGGUUGUCCGAGAUAUUAAACAGGAUCUUGGUUAUCAAGGUUAUCAUGGGCACAAAUCUUGGAGAAAUAUAUGUAGCAGGUUGAAGGAUGCUGGUCUAGUGGAGGAGUUUGAUGCAGAAGUGAACAAGAAGGUUGUUAGCUGCUUACGGUUGCUGAAGAAGUUUUCUCCUAAGUGUUUUGAGCCAAAAACUCAGGGAUCUGGAUUAGAUGAUCCUGAUGCAGAACAACUGGUCAAAUCUGGAAAAAGAGGUCAAAUUACUGAUCAACUUGUAGAGCUUCCAAUGGAGCAUCAAAUUUAUGAUAUGAUUGAUGCUGAAGGACCAAAGGGUUUGACUGUUAUUGAGGUGUGCCAGAGGCUUGGAAUUAACAGUAAAGCGAACUAUAAUCGGUUUCUGAAUAUGUUCUCUAGGUUUGGAAUGCAUCUGCAGGCAGAAAGCCAUAAAAGAGGCAUGGCAUAUCGAGUCUGGACAGCUGGGAACUUCAAUCCUGCAUCAUCUAAUGCCUUUCCAGAUAAAUCCGAAAACAUCUUCAAUGAAAAUGGAGUUUCUAAUCCACAUGUUGUUGGGUACAUGGAUUUGCAUCAGAAGUCAGCUCAAACCAUUCAAGAACUAGAUCCUUCAGCUUUGAAAACUGAUAGUACAACCCAUGGAAAGACGAAAAAUAGAGAAAUUGAACCUGAGCCUUCUCAGAUUUUCCCUGGGGAUGGUGAGUGUAACCAGAUGCUUUUUUGUCCAAGCAAUCCACAAGAGUUUAACCAUGAGAAAAAAGAUCCAGUCCCUGAUGUGGAAGCUGAUUUAGAGAGUAAAGCAAUUGAAGCAAAUGAUGCUCUGCCAGAAACCUCACCCCUUGCUUUGUCAAAGCCUCAGGGACCCCAGCAAGGUUCAAGGCGUCGACAUCUUGCUUUGACUGCAAUCAGUGCCCAGAAGGAGCAGAGGAUACUUGAAUGGCUACAGAAGGAUAAGUUUCUUUUAAGAGCUGAGAUACAGAAGUGGCUUGAAAGUAUUGGCAAGGAGAAAGACAGAAUGAUGGAUAGAAAGACUGUUGCUCGUACUUUAAACAAGCUUCAGCAAGAAGGCCACUGUAAAUGUAUUCAAGUUAGUGUCCCUAUUGUCACAAACUGUGGUCGUACUUGUACUAAGGAGGUGAUUCUGCACCCAUCUGUUCAAAGUUUACCUCCUGAAAUAUUGGGUCAAAUUCAUGAUAGAAUGAGGUCCUUUGACAAGCAAGUUCGUGGCCAAGCAAUGUCUCGAUUGAAUACCAAUGGAACAGUUCCUGUACUAAAUGAUGUUCAGAGAACUCAAAACAAUGUAGGUUCGGAUGUCCAAGCUAUUAGAUCAGAAGCUAUGCGUGCUAAUGGAUUCAUAUUGGCAAAAAUGGUCCGUGCCAAGCUUCUUCAUAACUUUCUGUGGGCUUACCUCUGUAGCUUACCUGGUUGGGAUGAUGCUUUGUCAUCUGGGAAGAAUGGAUAUGAUCUGAAGCAUCCUCACAGCAGUUGCAAAUUGCUUGCACUAGAUGAUGCUAUUAAGGCCAUGCCUCUUGAGCUGUUCUUACAAGUUGUGGGAUCUGCUCAAAAAUUCGAUGACAUGAUUGAGAAAUGUAAAAGUGGUUUGUGUCUCUCUGAUCUUCCAGUGCAGGAGUACAAGUGUUUGAUGGAUACUCAGGCAACUGGGCGACUGUCAUGGAUUAUUGACAUUUUACGGCGAUUGAAGUUGAUUCGGUUGGUAUCUGGACAUUUAGAAGAUGGAGCUGAAGUACAGCGUGCCACCCUUAAACAUGCAUUGGAGCUUAAGCCUUAUAUCGAGGAACCAUCAUUAGUGACACCAUCUUUAUGUUCGAGUUUUCUUGAUCUCCGACCAAAAAUCAGACAUGAUUUUAUCCUUUCAAGCAGAGAAGCUGUUGAUGUAUACUGGAAAACUUUGGAGUAUUGUUAUGCGGCUGCUGAUCCGGCAGCUGCUUUGCAUUCUUUCCCUGGAUCUGCUGUUCAUGAGGUUUUCCUUAGCCGAUCAUGGUCUUCUUUUCGGGUUAUGACAGCUGAUCAGCGUGCCAGGCUUCUCAAGCGUAUAGUGAUGGAAAAUCCUGACAAAAAACUUUCAUUCAAAGAUUGUGAGAAGAUAGCAAAGGAUCUUAGUCUGACCUUAGAGCAGGUGCUUCGUGUCUACUAUGAUAAACGGCAACAUCGUCUUAAUAGAUUUCAAGGACUUCUAAAUGGAGAAGGGAAUGAUUCUGAACCACUGAAAAGUAAAUCUUCAUCUUCUCGAAAACGAAAGAGACCUUCAGAAGCAAGGUCAUCAAAGCAUAUGAAAUUUAAAAUGGCGGCUGGAGAGUUGGGCAAGCAGAGGCUUGCCAAGUUAUCUGAUACUGUCAACCAAUUCACAGAAGAGUCAGAUCUUGUCAUAACUUCUUCAGGAGAGCAUGAUAUUAAUUUGCCAGCAUAUCAGGGCGACGAUGAUCAGGGAACUGUAGAAGAACUGGGACCAGAAGAAGAACAGGAGGAUUGUUCUUCUGUUAGUCAGUUUGCAUUUACAAGGAUGAAACCAACACGUCAAAGAAGGUUCUUAUGGACAGAAAAAGCAGACAGGCAAUUGGUGAUGCAAUAUGUGAGACACCGUGCAGCUCUUGGGGCGAAAUUUCACCGCAUAGAUUGGUCUUCACUUCCUGAUCUUCCAGGGCCUCCAGGUCCCUGCGGUAAAAGGAUGGCAUCAUUAAACACUAAUAUAAAAUUUAGAAAAGCUGUGAUGAGGCUCUGUAACAUGCUUAGCCAGCGGUAUGCCAAUCAUCUGGAGAAAACACCGAACAAGCUACUAAACCUUGAUGAUUGCAGACAGGUUCGAGGUUCAUUAGCAGGUCUUAACAAGAAUCUCUCUGUUGGUGUUGAACAUGCUGAAGCUUCAAAUUCUGAAGGAGAAAGGUGGGAUGAUUUUGAGGACAAAAAUAUCAAGAUAGCACUUGAUGAGGUUAUCCAAUGCAAGUGGAUGUCUAAAGUGGAGUCCUUGAAACAAGUUCGAACUCUGUCUGAGGAGUGGUCAAAUUUAAAUAUGGAUGCUGAAGGAAAUGAUCCCCACAAAACUAAAUUAGUUUCAACUCCUGGUGAAGAUGUUCAAACCCAUAGGGGAAGACAAUGUGGAACUUCUGGUCGAAGAUCGAGUCGGCGUUGCCUUCCUCGAAAGUUUAUCAAGAUUUUGAAUGAAAGGAUUAGUGUUACUAGGCGAGCACAUGAAUCAUUGGCAGUUUCCAAUGCUGUAGAGCUAUUUAAGCUAGUCUUCCUGAGCACCUCAACAGCACCAGAGGUGCCAAAUUUGCUGGCAGAAACUCUACGGCGUUAUUCAGAGCAUGAUCUUAUUUCAGCCUUUAACUACCUGAGGGAGAAGAAAAUCAUGGUUGGGGGUAAUGGAAGCGAUCCUUUUGUGCUUUCUCAACAGUUCUUGCAGAGUGUUUCUUCAUCUCCAUUUCCAACUGAUACUGGAAGAAGAGCUGCUAAGUUUGCUAGUUGGCUCCAUGAAAGGGAAAAGGAUCUUACGGAAGAGGGGAUUAACCUUUCUCAAGAUUUACAAUGUGGGGACAUUUUCCAUUUGUUUGCUCUAGUUUCUUUAGGAGAACUGUGCCUUUCACCGCGCUUGCCAGAUGAAGGUGUUGGAGAAGCUGAGGACUCAAGAACUUCAAAACGUAAAACUGAUAGCAAUGAAUCUUCCAAUGUUAAUAUGAUUAAAAAGCUGAAAACUUCACUUGUAACAGAAGGUGAGAUUGUUUCACGCCGAGAAAAAGGUUUUCCUGGUAUCAUGGUAUCUGUAAGUCGUGCAACAAUGUCAAGAACCAAUGUUGUAGACUUGUUUAAGGAUGGAAAGAUUUGUACUGGUGCACAUGAUUUUGAGGAGAAUGAUCAAUUGCAUGUUACAACUGACAAAAAAAUUGACAGCAGUUCCUCUCAUUGUGAUGAUAUCAAGGAAAUCCUCAAUUUUGGUAGCAUUGCAACUAUUACAGAAGUUCCCAGUAACUCACCAUGGGAGGCUAUGACGGCCUAUGCCCAACAUUUGAUAUCGAUACCUCCUGAUCAGGGACAAGCGGGUCCCUUGUCUCAAAACCUCUUUAGGACUGUUUAUUCUGCCAUUAAGAAGGCUGGUGACCAAGGUUUGAGCAUGGAAGAAAUUUCUGAAGUCAUGAAAAACAUGCAGGGACAAGAGGUUCCUGAACUCAUUGUUGAAGUUCUUCUAGCAUUUGGACGAGUUGUAAAGGUUAAUGCUUAUGAAUCUAUCCAUGUUGUUGAUGCAUUUUAUCGUUCCAAGUAUUUCUUGACCUCACCAGCUGGUUUUUCUGAGGAUCAACUGUCUCCAUCAAAAAAACCCCUAAGGUCAAGUGGUCUCCAGCCAGAGUGUCGAGUACUUGAUGAUGAUAAUGCACACACAGAGAGAAGCAUUGAGAUGGAUGAUGUGCACAAAGUCACCAUUCUGAAUAUUCCUGAAGAGCUUUCUCAAUCCUCAAGUGAAAUUCAACUGAGCAACAAGCUUGGAAGCUGUAUGGAGGACAAAGAUGUCUCUGUAGGAGGGGAUAAUGAGGAUCAAACAUUAGAAUAUUCCUCUGCUGAUUCCCAUUCAUGUAGUCCUAUGUUGCCUUGGAUAAAUGGUGAUGGGUCAAUCAAUAGGAUUGUUUACAAGGGACUCACACGCCGUGUUCUUGGUACUGUGAUGCAAAAUCCUGGGAUGUUGGAGGACGAUAUCAUUCGCCAGAUGGACAUAGUGAAUCCUCAGAGCUGUAGAAAACUGCUGGAGUUGUUGAUUCUGGAUAACCACCUGACUGUGCGGAAGAUGCAUCAAACUACAUCCUGCUCACCCCCCACCUUUCUGGGCGGCCUCCUUGGGAGCAGCUUCACAAAGCCAAAGUCGAUUUUCCGGGAACAUUAUUUUGCUAAUCCCCUGAGCGCUUCCUCACUGUAGUGAGGUUUGUGUCUUUCUUGUUAUAUCAUAUCAUCAGGGCUAUAGUCUGAGCAGCUGCAGCUUCGUAUUUUAGAGCUUAGUCUCCAACUCCCAACCUUCCAACACAGGUUUUUGUUAGAAAUAUAAUUCAGCAGUAUGCUACUGUAGAAAGCGAGUGUUUAUUGUUUCUGGGAUUUUUCGUCCGGGUCUGUGUAAAAGGCAGCUGGGAUUUAAUUUUCGAAAUCAAGCUAUUCGAGUAUAUAUAUAUAUAUAUAUAUAUA